AUGGGCAAAGGGGAAGAGUCGGACAAGAUCACCAUCAAUGUAGGUGGCACCCGGCAUGAGACCUACAAAAGCACCCUACGGACUUUGCCGGGCACCCGCCUGGCCUGGCUCGCCGACCCCGAUGCCCAGAGCAACUUUGACUUUGAUGGUAAAAGCAAUGAGUUCUUCUUUGACCGUCACCCCGGGAUCUUCUCCUACGUGCUCAACUACUACCGUACCGGCAAGCUGCACUGCCCCGCGGACAUCUGCGGACCCCUCUUCGAGGAGGAGCUGACCUACUGGGGCAUCGAUGAGACGGACGUGGAGCCCUGUUGCUGGAUGACCUACCGCCAGCAUCGCGAUGCUGAAGAGGCCCUGGACAUCUUCGAGAGUCCCGAGCCUGGUGGAGGGGCCAGUGGAGAGGAGCCUGAAGAGGAAGGGG